AUGGGUGGUGAGGAAUACGAAAUACUUGACCCUAAUGAGGCUGUAUUGCCAGAAUUUCAAGCUGGACGUGGUGCUGGAACGCCGCUGAAGUCGUCACGAAUGGAAGUGGCGCCACCGUCGCCGCCAAAAAGAAGCAAAGGUGCUCAAAAAUCCGCGCAAAAACCAAAAAAAGCGGCGGCUGAGAAAAAAUCCAAAAAGGAAUCAGCAGAAAGUGGUGGUAUGAAAAAGGAGCAGAAGGAAAAGUCAAAAGAAAGUACAAAAGAGAAGGCUGAAGAAGCGAAAAAGGACGAAGUAUGUAAUUAUUGA